AUGGAACUUAGCACUUUCUACAAUCAAACCCUAAACCUUUCCUGUUUCUCGCCAAACUCUAAAUAUAUUGCAACGGUUUUACAAAGUAAACUCAUCAUUCGUGAAGUUCCAACUUUAAAAAUUUUGUCAACAAUAAGCAAACCAAACUUUAAAAUACAAGAAAUAUCUUGGUCACCAAAUUCAGAAUAUGUUAUGACAGCAUGUUAUAAAACCGGAAGUAUUUCAAUAUUUAGUGUAAAUUAUAAAGAUUGGAUUUUCCACAUUGAAGAUUGUAUAAUUGGUUUAGCUAAUGUAAAAUGGAGUUGGGAUGGAAAAUAUAUUUUAUGUUUUUCUGAUUUUGAGUAUUGUAUUACAAUAUGGUCAUUAACUACUAAAAAUACUUUCUAUAUCCAAAGUCCUAAAUAUUAUGAUAAAGGAUUUGAUUUUCGAAAAGAUGGACGUUAUUUUGCACUUAUAGAAAGACGUGAAGGAAGAGAUUAUAUAGGAAUUUAUAAUUGUGAAAAAUCUUGGCUAUUGACAAAACUUUUUCCAGUUGAAACGUCAGAAUUAGAAAAUCUUGCAUGGUCACCAGAUGGAAAAUUUAUUGCUGCAUGGGACAAAAUUAUUAAUUACAAAGUUUUAAUUUAUACACCAAAUGGAAAAUUACAUCAAUCAUUUUCUGCAUAUGAUAUAGGCUUAGGAGUAAAAACAGUUACAUGGUCACCUACUUGCCAAUUUCUAGCAAUUGGAAGUUAUGAUGAAAAAAUUCGACUUCUAAGUUAUUAUACUUGGAAAGAAGCUAAAGAAUUAUACCAUAAUGAUCCAGACGAUAUUCAAGAACUAGUAAUAUGGAGAGAAACUUGUGAACUUGAUGUAAAACUUGGUAAAACAGUUGUUAAAUAUGAAACCAUUGAAGAAUCAAUAGAGUUAGAACAAGUAUUAUCGGAUCCUAAACAACCGAAUCCAAAAUUAGGAAUUGGAUUAUGUAAAUUUAAUAGUGAAGGAAAUUUACUAGCAUCACAAAAUGAUAAUAUGCCAAAGUGUUUAUGGGUAUGGGACCUUUCAUUGAUGAAGCCAAUAGCUUUCAUUAUACAAGACUCUUCAAUUAGACAAUUCUUUUGGCAUCCUUCUGAACCAAACAAACUUGUAAUUUGUUGUGGUAAUAAUUAUGUAUAUUUUUGGUCUGGAAAUUCUACUGAUAUCAUUGGGAUGCCUUCUGUUUCAUUGGUUGAAUUACUAUCAUCUAUCAUUUUUUUUGCAACCGAAGGAUUAAUUUUGAUAGGAAAUGUUGUCAAGGCUUUGUUACCUGACGUGGUAUUGGAGUUAACAAAAGAUGAUGAAUGA